AUGAACAUAGUCAUGAUGAAUACAAAAGUAAUCCUUCAACUCAUGGUUUUUUCCUUAGUUUUUACCAUGCUUGUGACACGUCAAGCUUGGGGUGAAGAGGAUUGUUACCAGGAUAAAGAAGAAAUUAAGAGAAAAUGCAAGGAUGCCAUCAGCCUUGGUGGCGAUUAUGUCCAACCAAGCGCCGAAUGCUGUGCAGCUGUGCGAAAAUCUAACAUGGCGGGCAUUUGUCGCAACCUUUCCGCCGACGAGCAGCUGAGAGUAUUAAGUGUUUCUAAACUAAUACGAGUUUCACGCCAAUGCAACAAUCCGGUUGCAGUUGGAAGCAAAUGCGGAGUUUGGACGGUUCAACCACCAUAUAAGGACCAACCAUGGGUGUAUGUCAAGUCGAGCGGCACCCGAUCGAGGAAGAAUCAUGAGACCGAUCGAGGAAUAUAA